AUGAAAAUAUAAACAAAAGGAGUAAGAAAUCAUGAGCUUUAAUUUGACUGAUUAAUUCUCAAUUAAUGAUUAGAAGAUCUUUGUAUGUGUGCACGAGAUAGUAAAAGGAGUUCAUGACGUGUUUGCAAUGAUGCUCUAAAAGGCACGGGUUAUUCUUUGUUCUAUUUAAUCCGGACAAAUUAUGUGGUCGAUGAGGUCAUUUAGAGAUAUUUACUUUCAGACCGUGAAUAAAAAGUGAAGACACUACUCGUUGGACAGAGUUUCAUUGUUGAUAAAGACAUAUACAUGCUAUACACUUUUAUUGGAUAUUAUAUUAGAAGUACACAUUGACAAUUUAGGAGAACUUAAAACCAGCCACAACCAUGCCACCCCAGGUGAUGCCAGAGGAACAAAUGGCGGAUGCUGCCGCUGCUGUCUCAUCAUUGUCGAUCAUGGAUUCCUCCAGAUUAUCAACUUUUGUUAUUUCCAUUUUACUGAUUGUGUAUGGAAGCUUUAGAUCUCUAAAUAUGGAGAAGGAAAAUGUAGAGCGAGAAAGAGAGAAAGACAAAGACAGUUUUAUAGGGAAUACUUCAGCAGAAAAUGAGAGUAACAUGCAGACCAUAGAUACAUGUCAGGCGGCAUUUUUACCGAUAGGAGCCUCAGUUUCACUUCUGAUCAUGUUCUUUUUCUUUGAUUCAUUACAGAUGGUCUUUGCAAUUUGUACUGCAGUGUUGGCGACUGUUGCCUUUGCCUUUUUGUUGUUGCCUAUGUGUCAGUAUAUUAUCAAACCCUGCUCUACAGGCCAAAAAAUAUCAUUUGGAGUUUGUGGCAGAUUUACAGCAGCAGAAAUAAUGUCAUUUUGUUUGUCCUUUUUUAUUGUGUGUAUAUGGGUAUUGACUGGUCACUGGCUCCUUAUGGAUGCUUUAGGUAUGGGACUAUGUGUAGCCUUUAUAGCGCUAGUACGUCUACCAAGUUUAAAAGUAUCAACUUUGUUGUUAGUAGGAUUAUUAAUUUAUGAUGUAUUUUGGGUAUUCUUCUCUUCCUAUAUAUUUAGUGCCAAUGUUAUGGUUAAAGUAGCAACCAGACCUGCAGAAAAUCCUGUUGGAAUGUUUGCCAAAAAGUUACAUUUAACUGGUCUCGUCAGAGAUGCUCCUAAACUAUCACUGCCAGGAAAAUUAGUGUUUCCAAGUAUGCAGAACUCGAGCCAUUUUUCCAUGUUAGGACUAGGUGAUAUAGUAAUGCCAGGCCUGUUGUUAUGUUUUGUUUUACGUUAUGAUGCUUACAAAAAAGCACAGAUGAUUUCUGUAGAAACAGGAGUUCCCCCACCCCCUACUAUGGUACAGCGGCUUACAUACUUCCAUUGUUCACUGGUGGGAUAUUUUCUAGGUUUAUUAACAGCCACGGUGUCCUCUGAAGUAUUUAAAGCAGCACAACCAGCAUUAUUAUAUUUAGUUCCAUUUACAUUGUUACCCUUGCUAACCAUGGCGUAUCUUAAGGGAGAUCUAAGAAGAAUGUGGCAUGAACCUUUCUUAGCACAUACAACACCAAAAGACGUUGAUGUAUAAAACAUAAAAUGCCAAAAAAACACAUGGCUAAAAACAUUUUAUUUAUGAAGGCAUUUGAACAGUGGUACUACAUUAGCCAGAAAUUAAUAAACAGUGGAAUAGACCAUUUUAUUUAUGUGGGCAUUUUGACAGCGGUACUGCAAAUACCAAACUUGAAUAAAUUUGUGGAAAGACCGAAUUAUUUAUGUACAUGAUGUAGGUGUUUGGACUAUGGUACUGCAUGGUAUAAAAAAUAAAUAAAAAUGACAUUCUAUACCCGAUUGGCAAAGGAAAUUUCACACAUUAUUCAGUAACAACUCAUUUUCAAACUGUUGGUAUCAACAACACAGUGGGAAUUAUUCACUUGUUUUAAUAAUAACUUUGUGUUUGUUCUUAUGACGAAUAAUGAAUUUCUUGAAUAACGGAAAAAACUGUUCAUAUAUUCUGUCAAAUAAUGAAAAGUCAUAAUUAGUGUGCAUUGAAUCAGAUUUGAUCGUCAAAUACUGUCUGUUUGUCUUCCUAGAUAUUUAAAUGUGAAUUUAUCAACAGAAACAUUUUAGUAGAGAUGAGCUGAAGUCAAAUACAUUCACUGUUGUCAUGGUAAUUGUGAAACUUUGAACAACGAUAUGUGUGUUUAUUUUGGAGAAUUUUUCAAGAAAGGAAUUUAAAAUUCAAGUGAGCUGACUUCCAGAGGUAUAAGAGAUGUUCUUAAAAUAUUUCCAUCAGCCAAAAUGUAUUUGUUACAAGAUGGGAACUUUUCAUCGAUGUACUGAAAAACAUUGUAGCUGCAGUGUGAACGACUAAAUUGAAGUUUCACUGUGUGAAAACAUUCAAAGAUCUGCACCUGUUUUGUUGGUGAAAUCAUAACAUACUUGUAUUUUUUUAUAUAUCAAGAUGUUCUUUUUCCUUUGUUGUCAGUGGUGUUAGAAAGGGAUCUUGUAUAGUAUCAUAAUUGUUUUCAUUGUUUUUAAAUGACAUUUGUCACUUUGUUUUAGCUAGUCAGGUUUUCAGGGAAAGGUCAGAAAGAGGGACAAAUGGUCUUACAUUGUGAGACUUCGAAUGUUAAUUUGACUAAAUUAUGACUUCUUCAUUUACAAUUAAAUUUUAGUAUACUUUGUGAUAAGGCAUUCUUUGGUACAUGAAUAUGUCAGAUUUCAAACAUUUUUGGAAAUAAAUGACAAAAUAAAUGCACAACAAUUUCUGUCUGAUAUAAACUCCAAUGCAAACCAAAUUGUAAAAAAAAAAACUGCAUAAAAGUAGUCGUCGAGGAUGUUCACUUCUUUCUUUAAAAAUAACAAACUUUGUAAAAAAAAAAUACAAUUAAAAAAGAAAGACAAAAAAUGAAAGGUCUGAAAGUAUAUGAUCAUGUGACAAUGUAGGAUCACAUGACAGUUUAUCCUCAUGUGAUAUUGUCUGAUCAUGUGACAGUGUCUGAUCAUGAGACUGUAUGAUCAUGUGACAGUGUAGGAACAUGUGACUUUAUGAUUGUGUGUUAAUGAAAGAUGGUGCAAUAGAUUUGAAUGCUUAUUUCAUUAAUGUGUUUGUGUUUAGUUUUAAUAGAUAUUUAAUUGCUUACUUACUUUCGGGACAUCUAAUUGGACUUAAAAAUUGGGUAAUUUGUUACUUAAAUAUGGUGCUUUAUGGUACAAUUUUUUUGUCAUUUGUAUACAAUUUAAUAUGUUUUCAAUAUUUUUGUAUAACAGGAAUUUUUUUUUUCAUGGUUAAAAUUUUGAUGAUUUUUUUUGUGUUGCUUUGUGCCAAGAAUCAAAUGAAAUGAAUUAUCAUGUCUGCAGCAUAGCUAAUAAAAUGCUGAUAAUAGUAUUUAAGAAUGGCAAGCUGAAAUUGUCUUUGGUUUUAAUAAUUUUGUUUGAAAUAUUCCAAAUAAUUAAGAGGUGUGAACCAUUUCAUUGGAUUUAUACUUUACUUAAAGUCUUGGAUAAGCAGUGUAAACGUGUUAGAUUGAUAUCAAAAUUAUGGAAUUGUCAUGAUUGUACGGAACUUCUAUGUAAUUAAAUAAUGAACAAGGAGACAAAAAAUUAAGUGUACCCAAACGUUGUUUUAUUUUAUUCAAAUAUAAAUUAGAUGCAUAGAGAAUUAAUCGGAAGAUAUGUAACAGUAGAUAGUAUUCCAUUCAAUAUCAUCCUAACAAAUUCUAUUUUCAUGAAAAAUUUCAAUUUUGUUUACUAUUCACCAUUUGUAAUUACAUUUUAGAUAGUUCAUAUCAUCAGACAUAUAUUUUAAUUCUCAUUUCACAUUAUUUUUGUAUGAGGUCAAAAAAGUUAAAUUUCUCAUUUUUAGCCCACCGGGCCCAAAGGGCCUAGUGAGCUUUUCCCAUCACUUGGCGUCCGUCAUCCCUCGUCCUGCGUACGUUGUCGUUAACUUUUACAAAAAUAUUCUCCUCUAAAACUACUGAACCAAUUCCAACCAAAUUUCAUCUGAUUGAUUCCUAGGGUAUCUAGAAUAAAGUUCGUGUUUUGAUUCCCAUUUCAUCAAAAAACAUGGCCGCCAUGGCUAAAAAUAGAACAUAAUGGUAAAAUGCAGUUUUUGGCUUAUAACUCAAAAACCAAAGCAUUUAGAGCAAAUCUGACAUGGGGUCAAACUGUUUAUCAGGUCAAGAUCUAUCUGUCCUGACAUUUUCAGAUGAAUCAGACAACCCAUUGUUGGGUUGCUGCCCCUUAAUUGGUAAUAUUAAGGACAUUUAACUGUUUUUGGUUAUUAUCUUGAAUAUUAUUAUAGAUGGAGAUAAACUGUAAACAGCAAUAAUGUUCAGCAAAGUAAGAUUUACAAAUAAGUCAACAUGACCAAAAUGGUCAGUUGCCCCCUAGAAGUUAUUGUCCUUUAUAAUCAAUUUUUAACAAUUUUCAUAAUCUUAGUUAACUUUUACAAAAAUCUUCUCCUCUGAAACUAUUGGCCCAAAUUUUACCAAACAUAGCCAGAAUCAUUAUUAGGCUAUCUAGUUUAAAAAUUGUGUUUUGUGACCGGGCAAACCAACCAAGAUGGCCGCAAGGGCUAAAAAUAGAAGAUAGGGGUAAAAGGCAAAAACCAAAGCAUUAAGAGCAAAUCUGACUAGGGUAAAAUUGUUUAUCUAGUCAAGAUCUAUCUGCUCUGAAAUUUUUAGAUGAAUCAGACAACCCAUUGUUGGGUUGCUGCCCCUAAAUUGGUAAUUUUAAGGAAAUUUUGCUGUGUUGGGUUAUUAUCUUGAAUAUUAUUAUAGAUAGAGACAAACUGUAAACAGCAAUAAUGUACAGCAAUUUAAGACUAAAAAAUAAGUAAAAAUGACCAAAAUGGUCAAUUGACCCCCUAGAAGUUAUUGUCCUUUAUAAUCAAUUUUUAACAAUUUUCAUAAAAUUUGUAAAUUUUUACUAACAUUUUCCACUAAAACUACACGGACAAGUUAAUUAUAGAUAGAGAUAAUUGUAAGCAGCAAGAAUGUUCAGUAAAGUAAGAUGUACAAACACAUCACAAUCACCAAAACACAAUUUUGUCAUGAACUGUCUGCUUCCUUUGUUUAAUUCACAUAUACCAAGGAGAGCGACACAGGCUCUUUAGAGCCUCUAGUUUGAAAUAGAUUUUAAAAGAACUUUAGUGCAUAUAUCUAAGAAAAAGUGCAAGAUUCAGUAAUCAUUCAAAUGACAAAGAUCAUGUGUUUAAAAGGCAUUUUUCAAGCAAUUAAGCAUAAGUUUAAUUUUUCAAUACAGAAAAAAAACCAGCAACUUCUAAUUUAAUAAUAAAACAAAAUAAUAGGCUUUAUGGUCAUUCAUACAACAUUAAAGCUGUAAAAAUAUUUUACAGUCACACAUACAUUUGUGAAAUUCCAUUGACAUACUAGCAGUCAGGGUUAUACUUCUACAAGUAUUUUUAAUUUACUAGUACAUUUGUACAGGUAAACUAGUUUGGAGGUAGGGUUAAAUAUCUACAACAUUAAGAAUAUUUUUACAUAGACAUAUUUUUGAAAGUAAAAAGAUUUUAUUUUCGUCUUUUCAUAAAUUUCUAUUUCCUAUUAUAUUGCUUUAUUAGAUUGUUUUAUUGUCUUGUCAUUAAUAUACAGUCAGAUAGUUGUCUUUACUAUUCAGACAGUAUAAUUUCAUGGACAUGAAAAUCACCAGGUUCAAUUAUCUCAUUUAGUAACCUCCUGGGAGCACUUUUGAAGGUCUUGGACAUUUACUUAACAUCUGUGUACAAUACUUAUGAGAUAAAAAGUCGAACUCUAAUUUGAAAAUAACGUAAUUUGAAAAUAAUGAGCUAUCCAUGUAUGCUUUGUGUAAGCAUUUUUUGACUUCCUAUAAAUUGAUAAUUUAAGCGGCUGUAAAAAACUAAUACUUGUUGGAGUAACAUAUUGGAAGGGGAGACUAUUCAAUCAUUGAAGAUUAAGUAAGAAUCAUACAAUUUUACUUUAAUAUAAAAGUUAAUAUGACUUACAUCUUCAUGGAAAUAAGCAUUACUUGUUGAAAACAAGGAAUUAUUUGAAUCUAGAAUAAUUUUGAAUUCUGGAAAAUUGUUGAGAAAUUUAUGAUGAAAACUAACCCAACUAAAUAGGGUUAGCCAUGCACGCAUGGCUAAAAGGGGUAAGUUAGUUCAUACUGAAAUGAUAGGGAAAGUAAAAUUAACCUUAGCCAUGUGCUCAUGGCUAACACUAUUUAGUUGGGUUAGUUUCCAUCAUAAAUUUCUAAUCAAUUUUCCAGAAUUCCAAAUUAUUCCAGAUUCAAAUAGUUCCUUGUUUUAAGUAUAAUCCUUUACUGAGUAGAUUAGACAGCCUUAACUAUAUAUAAGCUGAACAUUUUGAAAUUUUGAGUUAAUUUUUAGAAGUAACUUCUAUUUAACUUACUACAGAUGGUUUCUGCUGAUAAGGACUUUGUUUUCCUUCUCUACCAUCCAUAGAUAAUUAUCUCAUUGACAAAUCACCCAAUCAUACCACUUCUAUUGAAUUUAGAAUAUUUACUUUUGUAAAUGAUAGAUGCGUCACCAUCAUAGUAAGAACUUGUAUGUAAGCAUAUUUUAUAUUUUCAUGAAGAUCAUGUUAUACAUAUUGUCAUAUGAGUUAUCAUUGUCAUUUCAAUGUUGAUAGAUACAAAUUAAAAGAGCAGUUAUGAAUUAGAAUAAUUACAAUUGUUCAAUUACUGUGUAAUUUUUAUGAUCAUACAUGUAAUAAUUAAUGUAUUAAAAGUAUGGCAGAUUUU